GAAAUACAGAACGGGUUUCUGUCAUUGAAGAUGGCGACUGGAGUUCUGCAGCGCUGUUUUAGAGGCCUUCGUUCGGCGAAAUACAAAGCCAGGACGACAGGGCAAUUCCCUCUUAUCAGAGGAUUGUCAGCAUCCAGUUACAGAAAUCGAGAGGAAAGCUGGUUCAAAUCUCUAUUUGUGCGUAAAGUGGACCCAAGAAAAGACCCUCACUCUCACCUGCUGGCUAAGAAAGAAGAAAGUAACCUUUAUAAAAUUCAAUUUCACAAUGUGAAGCCUGAAUGUCUGGAUGCUUAUAACAAACUCUGUGAGGAUGUGUUGCCUUCGAUCCAUGAGGAUAAUUACUACCCCUGUGAGCUGGUGGGAACAUGGAACACCUGGUACGGAGAUCAAGACCAGGCUGUCCAUCUGUGGAGGUACCGAGGAGGCUACCCUGCCCUAACCGAAGUCAUGAAUAAACUGAAAAAUAAUAAGGAAUUUUUGGACUACAGAACGGAACGGGGGAAGAUGCUGCUCUCUCGCCGCAAUCAGCUAUUGCUGGAGUUUAGUUUCUGGAACGAGCCAGUUCCACGUGAGGGACCAAAUAUCUAUGAACUUCGAUCAUAUCAAUUAAGACCAGGAACCAUGAUUGAAUGGGGGAAUUACUGGGCUCGAGCAAUUCGCUAUCGGCAGCAGAACCGUGAGGCAGUGGGAGGAUUUUUCUCUCAGAUAGGAAGCCUUUACAUGGUCCAUCACCUCUGGGCAUAUAAAGACUUGCAAUCCAGAGAGGAAACUCGCAAUGCAGUGUGGCACCAUGAGGGCUGGAAUGAAGUGGUUUACUACACAGUGCCCCUGAUUCAGCACAUGGAGUCUAGGAUUAUGAUUCCAAUGAAGACAUCACCGCUGAAGUAAUACUUCCUUUACAAGAGUUACAAUCUGAAGACGUGUAAACAGAAAACACCUGGAUCUAAACUACUUUGGGUUAUAAGGACCAGUUUGGAAAAGAUCAUUCUUCAAUACAAUGGCAUGUAGAAAGUAAACCUGCAUGUCCAGUUUUAAAAACCAUAUUUUAAAAAAAAUAAAUUUCAUGUUAAGGAUGCAAUUA